AUGUCCCGCCGCAAGAUCUCCUCCGAGUCCUUCAGCUCGCUGGGCUCCGACUGUCCGGAGACCAGCCCCGAGGAGGAGGGCGAGUGCCCGCUGUCCCGCCUGUGCUGGAACGGCAGCCGCAGCCCUCCUGGCCCCGCCGAGCCACCCCUCGCCGCCGCCGCCGCCGCCGCAGUCGCCGCGGCCAACGCCGGGGCUCGCCGCGCUCCGCGCCGUCGGCGGGUCAACCUGGACUCGCUGGGCGAGAGCAUCCGCCGCCUGACGGCCCCCGCGCCUCAGACUAUUCGGCAAACUCUUCAAAGGACACUGCAGUACUUUGAGCAUCAAGUUAUUGGGUACAGGGAUGCAGAGAAGAACUUUCACAAUAUAUCAAACAGAUGCACCUACACAGACUGCUCUGGCAACGAAGAAACUGAAGAUGUCUCAGGAAUUCUCCAGUGUACAGCUAAUGUACUUGGUCUGAAAUUUGAGGAAAUGCAAGAAAAAUUUGGGGAGGAAUUCUUCAAUAUCUGCUUUGAUGAGAAUGAAAGAGUUCUUCGAGCUGUAGGUGGGACCCUUCAAGACUUCUUCAAUGGCUUUGAUGCUUUGCUGGAGCACAUUAGAACUUCAUUUGGAAGACAGGCCACCCUGGAAUCCCCAUCUUUCCUAUGCAAAGAGCUCCCUGAAGGCAAUCUCAUGCUUCAUUACUUUCACCCACAUCAGAUUGUAGGGUUUGCAAUGGUGGGAAUGAUAAAGGCAGCAGCAAAGAAAAUUUACCGAUUGGAUGUGGAAGUAGAACAGGUCACUAAUGAUAAACUGUGUUCAGAGGGGACGAACCCAGGUAAUUGCAGCUGUCUGACUUUCCUUAUCAAAGAACACGAAAAUGCAAAUAUCACAAAAGCACUUCCAUCAGGAACUUCCCAGUCUCCCUUAGAUCUGAGGAUUAGUAUCAGCACCUUCUGCAGAGCGUUCCCCUUUCACCUGAUGUUUGAUCAAAACAUGUUUGUUCUUCAGCUGGGAGAAGGUCUAAGGAAGCAGCUCAGAUGUGAUACCCACAAAACUCUGAAAUUCCAAGACUGCUUUGACAUAGUUUCUCCUAAGAUCAGUGCCACAUUUGAACGAGUCCUCCUGAGGUUAUCUACUCCCUUUGUUAUUCGGACCAAACUUGAGGAUUCUGACUCUGAAAAUAAAGACAAGGUGAUGGAAGUUAAGGGACAAAUGAUUCAUGUGCCAGAAUCCAAUUCAAUUUUGUUUCUGGGGUCUCCCUGUGUGGACAAGCUGGAUGAACUGAUGGGCCGAGGCCUCCAUCUGUCGGACAUACCUAUCCAUGAUGCUACUCGUGAUGUUAUAUUGGUUGGGGAGCAAGCGAAGGCCCAAGAUGGCUUGAAAAAAAGAAUGGAUAAACUGAAGGCAACGCUAGAACGCACACACCAAGCCCUGGAAGAGGAGAAAAAGAAAACAGUCGAUCUCCUUAUUUCUAUUUUCCCUGAAGAAGUGGCUCAGCAGUUGUGGCAGGGGCAGCAAGUUCAGGCCAGGAAGUUUGAUGAUGUCACCAUGCUCUUCUCGGAUAUUGUUGGCUUCACAGCCAUCUGUGCCCAGUGCACACCCAUGCAAGUCAUCAGCAUGCUGAAUGAACUCUACACACGGUUUGACCAUCAGUGUGGAUUCCUGGACAUCUACAAGGUGGAAACAAUAGGUGAUGCGUACUGCGUCGCAGCAGGGCUCCACAAGAAAAGCCUUAGCCACGCUAAAGCCAUUGCCUUGAUGGCACUUAAGAUGAUGGAGCUAUCAGAAGAGGUUCUCACUCCAGAUGGGAGCCCUAUUAAGAUGAGAAUAGGCAUUCACUCAGGAUCAGUGCUGGCCGGCGUUGUUGGUGUAAGAAUGCCACGCUACUGUCUCUUUGGAAAUAAUGUCACUCUUGCAAGCAAGUUUGAGUCAGGAAGUCAUCCGCGUCGCAUCAAUGUCAGUCCAACCACAUACCAGCUUUUGAAAAAGGAAGAAAAUUUUAUUUUUAUCCCUCGUUCCCGUGAAGAGCUUCCAGAAAACUUUCCAAAGGAAAUUCCUGGGAUCUGUUACUUCCUCGAGGUCAGAAGUGGUCAGAAGCAGCCAAAACCCUCCAUCACAUCCGCCAGAGUGAGGAAAGUUUCUUACAACAUUGGCACCAUGUUCCUCCGGGAGACCAGCCUAUGAGGCCUGCUGCAGAUCAAAGACUCAUGAAAAAGCACAAGCCCAGAACUGGGUCAUGCCAGGGGAAUCGGAGGUUCUUUCUAUUUCACUGCCUUGUUCUGAACAAGCAGUAAAAGCUUCAUGUAAUGUCAGGCAAUAAUCAUUUCAAAGAGAAACUAUACAGAAGAACAUUUUCUUCCUGACUGUGACCAGGAUAACCAACUUAUAUUUCAGAGAGAAAGCAGUGAAUAGGUGAUCAAAUAAGAUACUGGUACAACAAAUCCAGAAGUUUUAUAUACAGAGAGAGUUGAAAAGGGAAGUUACCUGGUUACUUUAUCCAAUCAUUCUGUAAAUGCAAUUCAGCUGCCAGGUCUGACUUCAAUCAUCACAAAUGUAGUGUAUUCUAUGGAAAGCGUUGUCAGAGCUUUGCUUUCUAAGCACUGCAAUAACAUGGUUUGAAAAGUACCAGCUCAUUUGCACUUCCAGGUGCUCAAGAUACCAUCCAGACAGUACUUACUAUUUUUCUCCAACCAUUCAGAAAGUUAGCGUGAAUCUAUGUCUCUGCAUUACUCCAGUACCACAAGUGGGGAGUGCAUCGGGUAGUUUGCUGCAAACUUGUUUCCCAUGCAAUGAAAUGGAUGAGUAACUGCUUCAUCACUUCUGUGAUAACUUUUUUUUUUUUUUUUGGUCUGUUUUUUUUCUGACACCUCUUCAACUGUGUCAUUAGCUCUGUCUCGGCUGCUAGAAGUCUGCUGGAUAAAGGCCAGACUACAGACAUGCACUAAAAAGUCUGUAUUUCAGAUUAGAGUAGUUUUGUAUGGGUAUGUUGAGCUUUCUGCUAGGAACAGACCAAGUUUGCAAAUGUACUUGGCUCAUCUCAGCCAGUGGAGCUGAAGUUUAUAGGCACAACAGAUGCUGACAUGCUGCUCACUUAGCACAGACACGUGGUCAUGCAUUUCACUCUGAUGAAUCCUUGGGUAAAAAAUGAAAUUUGCAGCAUUUUGGAUUUUGUAUGUAAAGUAGUACAUGACUUCUACUGUGUGCUCUCUGUUAUAUGAAAUAUGUUGGAACAAAAAAGAUAAUGGGAGAGAGGGUGUGAAGUGUGAGGAAAGUUGUGAUGUAGAACUCAUUUGUCAAAAUUUGUGUUCUUUUAAAACUUGUUUCCUAUUGCCACAUGUGAAAGUGACACCAUUCAAAUACAACGGUCAGUGCUGAUCUUUGGUCUUAUAGAAGAUGUACCUGAGCUCGGGAGGUAAAUAUUUACUGAGUAGCUACAGCACUGGUGUGGGGCAGGAGGUGACUGUCCUUUUUAAUAAGCAUUAUUUGAUGACUAAUUGCUGAAGUGAUUAAUAUCCAAAUUCCAUAUUGGGAUUCAGCAAAUAAGGUGCAUUUUCCACAAAUCAAGGCUUUGUGAAUUUUGAAUGCUACAGUGAAUCAGGAGUGAUCUGUAGUGGUCCUAAGCCUCCACUAAUAAAUCAGGUUGUUACAGCACAGUCAAAGCCUUUGUCAGUGUUGCCAUGCCCAAAACCAAGUGUUCUGAACAACUACAGACCAAACUUCUCCCUCAUCCUUGCGAUGAAAAAUCAUUGGGCUGUUGUUACAGCUAAUAGGAGUCCUUGGGCUAAAAGUCUGCAAAAAGCUUUGAAACCAUAUCCCACCCUCCUUGCUGUGUAAGACAUCAAUGGUCUGAUCCUGCAAGCGUUGUAUUUGCUGGGUAAUGCUUAGUCUGCUAACAGAACCAUAAUCCGGCACACUGGUGUAAAGUGCUCUGUGUGGAGCAAGACAGCACUUCCCCUUACCUGCAUCUGGAUUUUACAUGUAGUUACAUGGGCCAGUUAGGCUGCGGUCCUGCAUGUGCUGAAGUGAAAAGGAACAAAAGGGAUGCGGGGGGCCUCAAAGUGUACUUUAGCCUUCUGCAAACACCGUGAGUGAGGUGGUGGGACUGCAGCCAUACCUCAUGCAUGGGUGGCUGGAGAGAGGGGUCACACACCCAGUACAUAAUGCAGCAUUUCAGAUAUAUGAGGACUUAUUUUUCCAUCUGUUCUGCCCACAUUCCUGCAUAUUUUAUGAAUCAGGUCUGUGAUCAAUGGUUUGACCAAAUUGUUUGCUGAGGUUUCGUGAGGGUUACUAUCUCUUUGGUUUGCAAUGUAAAUAAUACUGUACAUCUGCUAUUUUAUGAUACAAAUGCCCUGUGAAUUGCUUAUUUUUAAAAUGUUACAGCUCUGCCAUGUUUAUUUACAAUGCCAUCUUACAGUAUUGGUUUAAUAUACAAUGUAUCUGUAUGGCAUGAAUUAAAUUGCUUAUAUUUUACCAAUAUUUAUCAAUAUUUUAUAUUGAUAAAAAUAUCAAUUUUUUUUCUAAGAUUAUUAUGCUCCAUCCUAUGCAGUAUCAUAAAUGUUUCUUAAGUGGCUCAUUAUGUCUGGAAAUAUUGCUUCCAUUUCGUAGUGCAGACAUAAGAACCAAUAUUCCUGAUCAAAAUCGUCAGAUAUAUCAUCUACUAAUUUCAGAUUAGAAAGACAUGUACAAAUAUGUAAGCAUUUAUAGGUGAUCCGAACAUCCACUGUAUCUUCCUUGCUUUUCAUGUAAUGAUAUAUUUUAAUCAUUUUGUAUAAUUUUUAUUUGUAAUUAAUUGUGAGUCAUACACAGUGUAAAUAAUAUUUCAUUAUGCAAGAUUUCUAGGUAAUCAAGAUGACAAAAUAAGUGAAUUUGUAUAUGAGAAGGAUUUGACGGUAGAUUGGGAUGACAUAAAAUAAAGUGGUGAUGACUA